UUUUGCUGAAGCCUGUAGCCGUGUGUAACAUUUUUUUUGUUAAUUUCAUGGUCAUACUGUCAACCAUUUCAUCAAUAGUGAAUACUGACGAAUCGCCCUUAUUUUCCAAACAAAGAAAUAGUAAAAUUCAUAUUUUUAACAUCUGCGAGGCUCAAUCUACGUAGUGAAUUAUUAUUUCAGUUUGACUAACUUGCUCGAAAGUGCUGUGAAAUCAAAAUGUCAACUCCUGCCAGAAGACGUCUGAUGAGGGAUUUCAAGCGCCUUCAAGAGGACCCACCCACUGGUGUAUCUGGAGCCCCCACAGACAACAAUAUUAUGAUCUGGAAUGCCGUUAUUUUCGGGCCCCAUGAUACUCCAUUUGAGGAUGGCACUUUCAAAUUAACUAUAGAAUUCACAGAGGAGUAUCCCAAUAAACCACCUACAGUUAGAUUUGUCUCCAAAAUGUUUCACCCCAAUGUGUAUGCUGAUGGUGGAAUAUGCUUAGACAUCCUGCAAAAUCGGUGGAGCCCUACCUAUGAUGUGUCUGCCAUUUUGACUUCAAUACAGUCUUUAUUGAGUGAUCCAAACCCAAAUUCACCUGCAAACUCAAUGGCGGCACAGCUAUACAAAGAGAAUCGGCGGGAAUAUGAGAAACGGGUCAAAGCAUGUGUGGAACAGUCUUUUAUUGAUUAGCAGCGAUCAUGUGGCAUCAAAUGCGAGUGUCGUACAAGAUUCUCACUGCCGGGGUUGGCAUGUCUCAAUAUUAAUUCAUCGGGACAAACGUGUACAUUACAAUCUGUUCCAAUAACUCAGUAAGACAUGAUUCAUUGGUGGUCAAUAAACAUAAUACAGUCUAUAAAAAUAAUUUUAAUAACAUUUGCAAAAUAUUACAAGUAGUAAUAAAUUAAAUAUAGAAGUGACAUGUAUAGUAUUUACAAAAUUCAUUGUAGGAUUGUGUGCUUUCAUUACCAUUAACAAUAGGAUAAUAGCAAGUAUUAAAUUCAAUGUUUAAAUGUAUUUGAGUAGUAGUAAUACCACUUUAAAUCUUUUCGUUUAGCUGUAUAAUUUUUUAACAAAUUCUCAGUCUGUUUAGUUUGCUUUUCGCUGUCCCUCAAUUAUUACUUUAGUAACAUCUAAUAAAUGUCAUCUUUACAAUUGAUAUAAGCAAUAAAUAAAAGAAGUACAUUUUGUAAAUGUUAAUGUUUACUUGAAGUAGAAGUAUAUUUUAUUUUUCAACAAAAUACACCCCACACUUUUAUUUCAUUGUUUAUAACAAUCACCAUUAUUUUUGUAUAUCAUGUUUUUCAUCCAUAAAAUGCACUUUUUGUUAUAUAAUAUAUUAACAUAUUUCUUUAUUUAAUACCUUGCAAAUGUGAACUUGGAAUUAUGUUGGUGUCUUAAGUAAAGAUAUAUUGGUUUUGA